AUGAUUCGGAAUAAACAAAUAGUCUCUACCGGCGCCAUGAAGAACUCAAAUUUACCGCUCAUUUUGUCGUUCGGUUUAAUAUCGCAGUUCUUGACUUCUGUGGGAGCAAAAGAACUCAAUAAUUUGGAGGGACGAGCUGAAGGCCUUUUCAAAGGGGAAGAGAUUCCAGACGUCAACUGGAUGAGUAACGAUAUCGUCAAUUUCACGUGGGGGUUGACGGGGGUGGAUAAUUUUGAGAAUUUGAUGUUUUCUCGACUAGCAAUCACCGUCAGCUCAUCCUAUACGGCCUCUUCGUCUCAUUUUUACUCCCUGCCUCCAGGAAAGAAAUUCGUUUGGAUCAGACGACAUCUCAUACUCGCACCCCUCCACAAACUUCGUCAUAAUAACCCAUGGAUGGUGAAUUGUGGAUCCAAGAUUAGGUUACAUCUUGGAACUCUCCCCUCUCGCAUUCACUUCAUCUACUUAUUUCUAUAUAUUCUAUCCAAUGUUCUUUACUGCACACUCGCCUUGCCAUGGAACGGCUCAAUCGGACCAGAGGGAAAGUUUAGAGCCCCUACCAAGGCAUCUUUGGUCGCUGAAUUUCGAGGAAGGACUGGAGUCAUGGCAACUGUCAAUAUGAUCCCACUAUUUGUUUGCAUGGUGCGAAACAACUGGAUUGGUGAUGCUGUCCAGGUCAACUUCGACACAUGGAACUUGUUCCACAGAUGGAUUGGCAGGAUCGUCGCCCUAGAAUCUUUUGCACAUAUGGGUGCGUGGACAGUAAACAAGAUUGACCAAUCUGGAUGGUCUGGUGUUGGCGAAGCAUACAAAAUCUCACCAUUUUUGCAAGUUGGCUUGAUGGCUGAAAUUGCACUUGCUUUGAUCGCUGUAGCAUCUGCAUCACCCCUUCGACACGCGAACUAUGAGUUCUUCCUAUCGCUUCACCAAAUCCUGGUCAUUUUCUUCAUGGUUGGCGUUUACUGGCAUCUUGUCAUUGACCAGCUGCCGCAAAUCACCUACGCGAAUAUCACCAUCGCGAUCUGGGUGCUCGACAGAGUAAUGAGAAUUUUCUGGAUCCUCCGCUGGAAUGUCAAGAUGAAAGGUGGCAAGGUUUCAUGUAACGUGGCAGAGGUUAUUCCUCUCAAAGGAGCCAAUGCUGUACGAGUCAGUGUGGAGCUCGUCCGUCCUUGGGACUUCAAGCCGGGUCAACAUGCAUAUAUUUACAUUCCCAGGAUCGGUUGGUGGCAGUCCCACCCGUUCUCGAUUGCCUGGGCGUCCACAGAACAGGAGCUCCAUCGUCUUAGCAUGCCCCCGCUGCCAGUCUAUCACCGGGAAUUAGUCACGACGCAGGCACCGAAGACCAAGACCACAAUGCACUUUGUCAUAGCAAAGCACAGCGGCUUCACCAAGAAACUCUACGACGCGGCAGCUAGGGCUAAUAAUGGCAACGACGAUGAGAAGGGUGAGGUGGCUCCUCUCCAGGUUGUUGGCAUGUUUGAAGGUCCCUACGGGGGGCACCACUCGUUCGACUCGUAUGGCACCACAAUUUUCGUGGCUGGAGGGGUCGGGAUUACCCACGGUAUUGGGUAUGUGAAACACCUGUUACACGGCUACAACAAGGGCACUGCAGCGACGCAGAGGAUCAAGCUUGUCUGGGUUGUCAGGAGUGUAGACAAUAUCGAGUGGGUCGCUGAUUGGCUCGAGGAGAUUCUGCAAAUGCCCAAUGUUAGGCAGGUCGUAGAGGUUGAUGUCUACAUCACCCAACCAAAUGAGGCAGCGCACACUAGUAGCUGGUCUGGGCGUGGGGGUGUUGUCAAGCUUUACACUGGACGCCCGGAUUUCGAUAUUAUCGUCGAAAAAGCUGUCAAACGGCAAGUUGGUGCCAUGGCGGUUAAUGUCUGCGGUGGAGGUGCUGUCAGCGACUCUGUCAGAGCUGCCGCUAGAAAAUAUGUCGACGUCUCUUCAAUUGAUUUCUCAGAGGAAAGCUUUUCCUGGUAA